GCAGUUCUUUAUUUCCUACAGCAGGAGGCACCAUCCGCCCUCUGCAGCUCUCCGAUGUCUGUCCCUUGUUUCUUGUGAUGGAGGACCAGAGGAGAACCGGUGGAGGACUGAUGGAGGUCUCGGAGCGGUGAUACGGUCGUGAUGGACCCGUUGGACGUCUCCGGUUCCCCGCGGAUGGAGGAAGCAGAGCGCAGGAACAGUCGGUGUCCGUGGGCCCGCUUCUCCUGCUGGCUGGAGUGCGUGUGUGUCGUUACCUUCGACCUGGAGCUUGGACAAGCCAUAGAGGUACAGCUGUUAGCUUAGCAUCGUUAGCGUGCCUCUCAUCAGGGUUAUUGUUGAACAGAUAAUUAGUCGAAUAAUCGCUGAUUUAGUUCAGGUGUUCAAACGGCAGAAACACAUGAUAAAGAGGAAAAGAGCACCCGGUUACUGUGCCGGUGACAGGUGAACCAAACACCCUUUAUAAAAUUACUGUUUUUUGUGUGUGCCAUUAUUUCAGAGCAGUGUCUAUAGUUAAGUGAUAGAAUGUAGUAAUUUAUUAUUUUAAUUUAAGUCUGUGAGGAGUUCGGUUAACAAAUACAACAUGUAAAAGUACAUUAACAAUAAUAAAACUACAUAGAUAAACAAAACAUCAAACAAAAGUUAAGAUGCUUAUCACUAUAAGAGUUGAUCAUAGUGAAACGGUUUCUAGAUCAUCAUCUUAAAACAAUUUGGUCAAUCUGCGGUAAAUUAUAUCAGAUGGAUUAUUAGAAAACACAGUAAUUGUACAUUUACAUUGAAAUAAUUGGCAGUGGUUUUAUUCAUAGGAGGAGGAGACUUUGACAGACUGACCUUUAAUAAAUUAAUAGAAAUCUGAAUGAGGUUUGGUUUGGCUAUUCCGUAACAUAGUUUUUUGUUUAAUUUAUUCUAACUCUGGUUAAAAAAAAUGCAUGUCAAUCUGAAAUCAAUCCUUUGCGUUUGCAACUCUGGAUCAUAAUUUCUGACUGCUGUGUUUUGGUGUUUUCCCAGCUGGUGUAUCCUCAGGAUGUGAAGCUCACUGAGAAAGAGGUAACAUCAUUGAUCUCCUCUGAUUAGUUUAAUCAGGACAUAUAUGUUAAAUAUAGAUUUAUCACAUACAACUAUACUGAUUGCAUGUUUUUAUAUUUUGACAGAAAACCAGCAUCUGCUACCUGUCCUUUCCUGACUCAUACUCAGGUAAACUUUGAUAUAGUGAACAGCUGUGCGUGUGUGUGCAUGUGUUUGAGGGGGAUAAGUGGUCAGGGGUCACAUUUUAAACUUCAUUUUCUAGGAUGCCUCGGGGACACUCAGUUCAGCUUCAGGUUACGUCAGUCAGUCGGACGCAGAGCAACGUGGAGAGGAGAGGAUGUUUACAACAGAGACGCUCUGGUCGCCCUGCAGGUCAGAGACACAUCAUUAAUAGUAUAACAUAGCAUGUAGAAUAAUCAUAUUUGAGAUAACGAUCAGUUUAACUAUCAUUAGAAGUAGUAGUUAUAGUAGUAGUAUAAUUAUUAUUAUUAUUAUUUGAAAAAAAAAUUGUUGCGAUAAUGACGAGAUAAACUAGAUUUUACUACAUUUUUCAUUUAAACCAAGUAGAAAUAAUAAUAAUAUCUGUCUGUGUUUCUCUCUGCAGACUGAAUCGUCCCAUUUCUUCGGUUUUGUUUAUUUCAGGCAGGUGAAGGAUGUUUCUGUGAAGAGAGGAUACUUCCAGAAGGUUAGACACACCUGUCCACACCUGUCCACAUCUACCAACACCUGUUUACACCUUAAAACAUCUGCUCACAUCUGUUUGAACUUGUUCACACCUCUGUCAUAUCUGGGUCAUCACACUCAGUAUUACUUUGAGUAAUCUGGAUUAUAUCCUGAAGCCUCAUGUCAAUAUCUCAGGUAUGAAGAAGCUGGUUAUCUCCUGUCUCUGGUACCUCAGGCUGUGUGCUUCACUGAGCGUGCUGACAAUAAAACCAGCUGGUUAAAAAGUUUAAAAAACUGAACUCUGUGACAUUGAUCAUGUGAUAUCGAUCAUGUGACGGUGUGUUGCAGUCUCUGGUGCUGGUGUCCAGGUUGCCGUACACUCACCUGUUCCACGCUCUGCUGCAGCUCGUUGCUCCAGAGUUCUUUGAGAAGCUUGAGCCGUGUCUGGAAACAGGUGAUGAUAUCAUAGUUACAUCACAAUAAUGGGCCAAUCAAAUCAAUUAUUACUCUAUCAUCUUAUACAUGUCAUGUUUCCUCACAGUGUGUAAUGAGAUUGAUCAGUGGCCUCCACCUGUACCUGGACAGACCCUCAACCUGCCUGUGAUGGGCAUGGUCUUACAGGUGAGUUUUGGGGGCGUGGUCUAAAAGUGUGAACAAGGGCUAAGGUUACAAACUGAAGAUGUUUUCGUUUUCCAGGUGCGGAUUCCUUCAAAAUCAGACAAACCAGGGGGGAGUCCGGUCAGACAGGUGGCUCGAGAGGUCAGGAACAAGAAGUGACUCUUUAUUAGCAAACAAACUUUAAACUAAUGAUAAAAUUUUGUCUUUAAUUUAAUUUUAUUGAUUAAUUUUUGUCUCCUCAGGACCUCCUUCCCACUCCAACCCUGCUGCCAACCAUCCAUGAACUCGACCUUUUCAAGUCUGUACUGAAUUCAUUUAUUUACUUUUUAUGUCUUAGUUUAUCGAUUUAUUUAAUUUAUCUGUUAUUGUAUUUAUUUUUACAAAGGUUGAUUUAUUUAUAUUAUUUAUCAUUGAUUUAUUGUAAUUUUGAAUUUUUUAAUUGUUUAUUUUUAGAUUGAUUCAUUCAUUUUUAUUUAUUUCAAUUACUUACAAUUCUGUUAAUUUAUAUUUUGUGUAUUUAUUUUAAUUCGUUUUAAUUUUGUUUUCCAUUUGUUUGCCUGUUUAUAUUUAUCUGAUAAUCAAUUUAUUCAUUUGCUUAUGUUUAUUUAUUUACUUAUUUAAUUUAUAUAUAUUUUUAAAUUGUUUUAAUGUAUAUUCGUUACGUCUCUUUUUCAUAUUUAUACAUUAAAGUAGUAAACCUUAAAAAAUUGUAUAAUCAUAAAAUUUAUAAUAUCAUUCAAGUCCAAUAAAAUGAGUCGGAUUUUAAAUUCCUGUUAAUUAUUUUUGAUAUUUAACGAUCUUUGACCUCUCAGGUGUUUCCAGUCCGUCCUGGUUCACCUGCAGAUGCUCUGGGAGCUUGUGUUGCUCGGAGAACCGCUGGUCAUCAUGGCGCCAUCUCCCACCGUCUCCUCAGAAACUGUGCUGGCACUCGUCAGGUAAGACAGCAACCAGUCAGAGUCCUUGCUAAGAGUCUGCUGAGAACCUGUAGGAGGAUUACAGACAACUUUGAAGACAGAACAACCCUCCACGAACUUAUCAACUGAAAAUAUUAAUUUAACUAUGAUGUUAGAGUUUAUUCAGUCCCACUUAGCCAAUCAGGGAGAAGAAUUUGUAUUGUUGCCAUGGUAACAGCGUGUCCUCUCUCUCUCAGCUCCAUCAGUCCUCUGAAGUUCUGCUGCGACUUCCGUCCAUACUUCACCAUCCAUGACAGCGAGUUCAGAGAGUACACCACCCGCACACAGGCCCCGUGAGUAUCUGACACACCUGAGCUCACCUGUAUGAACACACACUUGAAUGAACACACCUGAACUGAUUAAUCCAACAAACUACUGUAAGUGUCUCCCUCUCACCUGUCUGUCUCUGCAGGCCCAGCGUGGUCCUGGGCGUCACUAACCCGUUCUUCAUCAAGACAUUUCAGAGCUGGCCUCAUGUAGUACGGCUCGGAGAAAUUAAGAUGUCAGGUAAGAAAAACGUAAACACAGGAAGUGAUGUCAUAGUGACGUGAUGACUCCCCUGUCCUUUCUGUCUCUACUCUUCCAGGUGAUUUACCCAAACAGGUGAAGGUAAAGAAACUGUCCAAACUAAAGACACUGGACACCAAACCAGGUCACAUGACUCUCUUUUAUUCCUCUGUUCCCUUCAAAAUAAAAUUUGGGUUGUUUCUGCACAAAGACAGUGCUUUUAUUUUGUUAACUGUCACCUCCUGUUUGCAGGUGUUUACACGGCAUUCAGGUCAUUUCUACACAAAGACAAGAUCCUGAUCAGGAGACUACUGAAGGUGAAAAAAAACACGCCAACGCUAACACACCUGAAAGUCUAACACACACACUCACCUGUGUGUGUGUGUCUGUCUACCUGCAGGGUAUCCAGAGAAAGCGACCAUCUGAGGUCCAGAGCGCUAUCAUCAGGAGACACCUGUUAGAGCUGACACAGAGCUUCAUUAUCCCGCUGGUGAGACAACCAAUCACAUCGCUUCAGCACUCUGAGGGUUAAAUACACCUGGCAACACCUUACUUAGUGAUAAAAAACACUUAUUUUAACCUUUUUCAGCGUGCAGUUAUCCCUGUGAUUAGCCUGUCAGGUGCAGUUAUCCCUGUGUUUUGUCUGUCAGGAGCAGUUUUCCCUGUGAUUAGUUUGGCAAGUGCAGUUUCCCUGAAUUUAGCCUGUCAGGUGCAGUUUGCCCUGUGUUUGUCUGUCAGGAUCAGAAAUCCCUUUGUUUUGUCUGUCAGGUGCAGUUUUCCCUGUGAUUAGUUUGGCAAGUGCAGUUAUCCCUGCGUUUAGUCUGUCAGGUACACUUAUCUGUGUUUUGUCUUUCAGGAACGGUACAUGGCGAGCCUGAUGCCUCUUCAGAGGUCGGUGACUGCAUGGAAGGUAAAAAGGACGUUUGAUAACCUCUCAGUGAUGUAAUGAACUAGGUGAAGACACCUUUAUGAUAGAGUGUGUGUGCGUUUGUGUGUGUAUGUGUGUUAAGACUCCUCCUCAGGUGCGGCCAUUCAGUCAGGACGAGUUCAUGGCGACUCUGGAGCACACAGGGCCUCAGCUCACCUCGCUGCUUAAAGGGGAUUGGAUGGGACUGUACAGGUGAGUCUCUCAGGUGUGCAGGAAUGUAUCGUAUAAAUCCACAUUAACCUUAACUUUGAUCAUGCUUUUAUUUUGAAAUUGUUACAGGAAGUUCUUCAGGUCUCCAAACUUUGACGGCUGGUAUCGCCAACGGCACAAAGAGAUGACGCAGAAGCUGGAGAGUCUGCACCUGGAGGUCAUCUGUGACGCUGUGAGUCACUCAUCUGUUCAUCAUUUCUAAAAUUGUCACUGCUCUGACCCUCUCUGAACACUUGGGCCCCAUUUUGAACUCCCAGAUCUUCCUGUACAAACCUUUAUUUUCAUUCCCAACACCUGUCUGUUCACCUGUCCUGCCAUUACGUUUAGCUCACCUGUUUUCUUCUCUCUUGUCGCUGACUUGUCUUCUUUACUCGUCUUGCUCCUCUGUCCUGCUGCCUUUGUCGCUCACCUUUGCUGUCUCCUGCAGGAUCUGCUGGGCUGGACUAAGGAUAAGUCUGAGGUGGAGAUUGUGGAUCUGGUCCUGAAGCUCAGAGAGAAGAUGGUGAGAUUUUCUAAGAACUGAAAGAAGAAAAAACUUAAAACAUAAAUCCAGAUUGUGUUUUAACCCCUUUCAGGAAACGAUGCUGUUUCUAAUUUCAGCGUUUGUUUCUCCAGGUGAGAGCUCGGCGGCAGCAGCUGCAGGUGAGAGACGGAGUUUUAAACAAACUGGAUGAUUUCAUUCACUCCAUCAUCGGCUCCCUGCCUGAAGACCUGCAGACUGUCCUCAACACACAAUAACACACUGUUAACACACUCAACACAGACGCACAAUAAACACACUAAAGAUAGUUAACAGCUAGUUAAGAGUUAGUGAACUGUAGGUUAACAGUUAGUUUUUAGUUAGUUAACAGCUGUUUGACGAUAAAUCACUUUCAGAAAGUUUAAGGUUUAGUCUGAAAUGUUCAUCCUCCAAUCAGUGAAAAUUCAGAUUAUUGUGGAUUAGUGGAGUCAGGAUUAAAUAAUCUGAGAUUAAGGAGGUUAAACUGGAUCAGACUGAGCACAGAGUCUGAGACCCAAGCUGCUGUUUUUCAUUGUUUCCUUAUUAGUUUUUUUUUUCACUGUUUUUGUCAGUCUUAAUUUUUUGUCCUUUUUUUGUUUUAUUAUUUCUUUUUUUUUUUUUUUAUGUUUCAUGUUGGAAUUUUUUGUUUAGUCGAAAAGGGACUGAGGAUGAGGAGUUGUGAUGUUUGGAGGAUAAAAAUGUUUAAAAUAUUUAAACUUGAUCACAUAAUUAAAACACUAAUAUGUUCAUUAGUUUUGUCUGGACCCGACUAAGUUAUGUUAGAAAAACUGCGACCUUUGUUUACGUUGAUGGAGGAAUUAUUUUGUUUUCAUUUGAAACUUAAAAUCAAAUAGUUUUUAAUUUAUUUCAUGAUAAAAAUGUUUUGUUUUUUUUUUAUGAUUGGAUUGUUUUUGUUUUUUGUAUCACCGCUGCACAGACUGGUCAGUGAAUGUAACACCCUAAACAAUAAUGAUAUAAUGUUAUUAUAAAUGACUGUGACGUUUGUUUCUUUAAAGUUUCUGUAAAUAAUUUUUCUUUAAGUAAAACCUGAAUUAUAAUCACCGCUGCUUAUGUUUGUUUAAUCUCACCAGGUGCAAAUUACUGAUUAAAAUUUUUAUUCAUCUUUA